UGUGCAAAGUCACAAAUGCAUUGCAAAGUGGCAUCUGUUUCAGACGGAACAGAUGCUUUUCAGACGUGUUCGGAUAGUGGAAGAUGAUAUCCAGGAAGUAUUUACAGAAGGUACAGAGGAUGUGGAAGAACAGCAACUGGAUGAAGGGCCACGGUAUCCACCGGAAGAUGCACAACUCUCACGAAUGGUGCACUAUAUCUUCAAAAACAAGAAGCUUCCUGCAGUUCUCCCUGCUGAUGUAGCCAAUGCAAGAAAUGUUUUCCCAAAGCACUUGGUUCCAUUGGAGACCAUUUGCACAGAAUGCACAGAAAACACUCUACUUAGUGAACCUCAGCUUAUCACUUCAAAAGCAACAAUCUUGACUAUGACAGAUGUCAUUGAAGGGAUUUCAACAUACUGCAAGUGCUGCUACAGGUGUGGUAUGAUCUAUCGCUACCAGGAAUGGUCUGAUGGAGUUCACAACUAUGAUGACCACAUACUUCUGUCCUUGCAUCUCUGUAUCUUCCUUCGCAACAGUCUCCAAACUCACCAGGCUAUUGGAAGUGCUGUAGAAGCAUUAGAGAAGACGUGUGGUAAAAGAUUUCCAUCACAUCAAAGAGUGUUGUAUGCGUAUCUCCAUUUUGAGGCCCUGACAGAUCACUCGUACACUUUUGCAUGUGUAACGUGUGGUUACCAUCCUGUAACAGUUGUCAUGGACCUUCAUAAAAAGGGAGUCUUUAGUAUGCCUGUGAGCAACAUUGAGGUACCACCUCAGGAUUUUGAUGGGAAAGUCAAUGCUGAAGAGUUUUGGGAAGGGGUAUCAUUGGAAAUGAUCAGUCGUGGCUUGGUGCCAAGCAAUAGACAAAACCCAUUUGUGGUUUGUCCAAGCUACCAUUACUGGGCCCCAUGGAUUGGUUGCCACACAAGAAGCACCAGUAUGGUCUUAAACACAGAGUACAGUAAAGUCCAUACAGCCCGCACUCCAGAUGAAGCAUCUGACUUCAACAUCACAGAGGACCGUCUCACAGACGAGAUUCUUAAACUUAAGAUGGAAGCUGUGCGUAGUUUAUGCAAGCAGUGUGGCAUAGACUCCAAGGGCUCCAGAAUGGACUUAGUUAUGAGGUUGCGCCAAGAAAUGCAAACCCGAGGAACAUAUGACAAAAUCUUUUCUAAGGUCUGGGGAGCAUCUGGUGGAUGGGCUGUGGUUACCUGUCCCUGUGCUAUUGUGUACGCCGUAAAAUUUAACCUAAGGGCAGAGAGCCCAAGAGAUUUUGCAGACAUUCUAUUAUCAAUGACUCAUUUCCCCAAUCUGACAUUGUAUGAUUUUGCCAGAGGGCUGGCAACCCAUACAAAUCUGAGGGAGCCAGAGUCUAUGCUGGCUUCAGCAGGGCAGAUUAAAGUGAGUUUGCCUUGGCUGACAAGUAAAAAGGUUGUACCUGAUGAAAAUGGUCACCCCCUGACAGGGUCAUCAGAGCAUUAUGCUCUAUAUGACCGCUUCCAUGAGGCAAACACAAAAGACAAAAAGGAUGCUUUGCGCAAAAUAGAACUUAUUCCAGAGGUAUGUGGCUGGGUCAAUAGCCAGUGUGCUGAGCAGCUUUUUGCUGGCAUGAGGAAGAACAAUCACUUCCUUAACAUGAUGACUCCCACAUCACAUAUAUUUUUAGUGCGAAAUAUUUUGCACCACUACAACAAUGCACGCAACACAAAGACUCUUGAAGAGAUGAAGAAAGCAUUACAUGUUGGAAUGGAAAUAGAGUUCAAUUCAAGGGGACAGACAGUAAUGGAGCAGCAGCAGCGGCCCCUGGAGUGUCCACAGCAGCAGCAGCAGCAGCAGCGGCCCCUGGUGUGUCCAGAGCAUCAGCCACCCCUGGAGUGUCCAGAGCAGCAGCAGCGGCCCCUGGUGUGUCCAGAGCAUCAGCCACCCCUGGAGUGUCCAGAGCAGCAGCAGCGGCCCCUGGUGUGUCCAGAGCAUCAGCGGCCCCUGGAGUGUCCAGAGCAGCAGCAGCGGCCCCUGGUGUGUCCAGAGCAUCAGCGGCCCCUGGAGUGUCCAGAGCAUCAGCAGCGGCCCCUGGAAUGUCCACAGCAGCAGCAGCGGCGGCGGACCCUGGUGUGUCCGCAGCAGCAGCAGCAGCGGCGGCCCCUGGAGUGUCCAGAGCAGCAGCAGCGGCCCCUGGUGUGUCCAGAGCAUCAGCGAACCCUGGAGUGUCCACAACAUCAGCAGGGGCCCCUGGUGUGUCCGCAGAAGCAAUAUCGGCCCCUGGUUUGUCCGUAGCAGAAGCAGCACCUGUUGUAUCCAUAGUACCUCAAAUAGCACCAAAAUCUGGUAAGUAAUGUGAUAUGCAUGUUUUAUAAGGGUGUGAUGAGUCAAUAAUAAAGCUGUUGCAUGGUACAGUGAAUUAAUCUGUGACUACCGACACCUUUUCAGAUCUUUUGUCAGAAGUUUGUUUAACUUUUAGGAACCCUUCUGUUUGAUGCACAAACAUUUGUGCAUGGCAGACAUAUUUCUACCAAUAUGCCAAAUUGUUUUAAUUUCUGCAUGUGUACUUCUCAACUCACAGAUACUUAAUAUUUCACAGUUGUUUGAGAUUGCAGCUGUUGAAGGCAACUGAAUCCUUGUACUUCAUAUAUCUUAUACUUACUAUGUUACAC